UGCCUUCGAUUGAAAAACUAGAAAUGGACCUUCUUGUCUUUUUCAUAUUUGCAGGAUGUGUGACCAUGUCCAGUGCUGUCACAUGCUAUACCUGCCAAGAAGACGUCCCCUUCGACCAAGAAAAAGGUGUUUUCGACGUGACCGACUGCUCUGCACCAAGCCAAAACAACGUCGAUACAGACACGGAAUGUACUGGGACUUGUCUUACAAUGAUUUCGCUGAGAACUUCAACCUACGGGGUCACUCGCGGGGUCACUCGCGGGGUCACUCGAUCUUGCCUUGAUGAGGAGUCUCCUUCACUUAUACCAUCACAAUGCGAUACAGGAUGCACGAAUCUAUUCGUCGGUCGACUCGAUUGCAGACAGUGUUGCGACUCCGACUUUUGCAACAAUGCAGCUGUGGAUGACGUCAUAAAGGAGAAUCGAAUGGGCCAAACUUGCUACGAGUGUCGGCACAGCGAGAUACCUUACAUUGGUAAUUUCAACCCCAGUUGUGGACUGGCUUUCGACCCAGAGGGCACAGACUUGAGGUACUCCUUCUGCCAGGGUCUGUGUUAUAGUGCAGUCACGUUCAUCGAGGGGGUAGAAGACGUUCAGCGUGGAUGCCGGGGCUCAGGAAGCAGUUGCGAUUAUGCCAACCAUCCCUAUCUGGAAGACAAGAGCGUUAGUUUCGGCGGUCUGGAUUACGAUAUGAAGUGUUGUUUGGGCUCCCUUUGCAAUGGGGGUCGGUCUCUUGGUUCUGCCAUGAGCAUGAUCGUACUCGCUUCUUUCUUGGCUCAGUUCUUGGCUCUAGCACUGUAAUAAACAGAGGGAAAUUUAAUUAUUAUCCCCAAUGAUUCCAAAGAGACCGACCCUAAUUCAAAACGACACCAGGGCCCUGUUUUCAUAAAACGUGUUAUCAAUAACAGGUUGCUAGAGCUGUUACAAGCUACUGAAAUCGUUGCAUUUGAUUAGCUGAAAGCAGGUGUCACACUUAAUAUUGAUAACGAGGUUUAUGAAUCGGGGCCCAUGGCAGCGUUUCACCAAACCGUCAUACCACAAAUUUGCAGGAAACCCAUGGAAACUCGUGUUUCAAUGGGCUGUCGGUGAACUUGUAAUAGUGACGGUUUCGUGGAAUUAUGCCCCGAUCGACGAUCGACCCAAUGUAAACAUUUUUAAACCGAAUGGUCGGUUUGGAAUCAGUUUGGCGGUCUAAUUUUGUUGGUGUAUUUCAAUCUGAAUUUGCUUAUUAAAUCAUGAAGAAUUUUCCUUUGUGCGGUUUUACAAUCUUCAUACAAUCAAGGAGUUUUAAGAGCUGGACCGUGUUUCAACUGGCAACAAAUUAUGCCAAGCAGCUGCCGUUUUCUAAGGUUGAGAAGUGAUUUUGUUCACAAAUGCAUAGCGUUAAUAUUUCACUUUUUAUUUGAACUAACAAGGGGGAAAAUCGAAUAGAUAAUAAAAUGUGAAUCCAAAUAAAAAGCCUAAUUGUGUCAAGAAACUUGCUUACAUUGUAUAAUAGCAGUUUUAAUUUGUGAAAAUAGUAAAAUGUUACAAUCCUAAAACCUGCAAUUUUAUACUUUUCCAAUUAUUUCCGGGUCACGAAAAUAAACAGUCAAUUUGUUAUUGUACAGUCCUUUAUGAUGUUAUAUGUCAGAUUAGUGCCCACAAUGCCCAGUCGAGUAAUUUGGAUGAAUAUUUCAGGAAAUUUUGCUCCAUUUCCUUUCGCUUGCCUCCUGUAAAGGCAAACACUUACAAAAGCAUAUUUCCAUUUGAAAGUGGCCCGUUAGUUUUCAGCUAGGCCGGAACCUUUUGUAUACUUAUUUGCAAGGAAGAUCUAGUUAAGUACAUGCCUGACAUAUUUUUCUCCUUGCAGCUUCGAGGAUGGUACAAAUGGAAUGAGCUAGAUAUGACUCCAUCUCUUAAAACUCCUUGAUACAAUUAACGGUGCUUGUUCGUUGUACAAGAUAAUGUUACGCGGGAACUCUAGCCUUUGCAGGUUAACUACCAAUGUCUGACAUAUAUUUUGCGAUAGCUUAAAAGGCCCUAGGCAAUUUUACAAACAGCAGUGCAGAAGAUGUAUGAAUACCGAUAUUUGAACAUAUUCCGUCAUUAUAUGUUUGAAAAUCCCAUUAAUCUCCCCACUAGUAUAGCGUGUUUUAAAUAACAUAUCUUCUAUCCAAGGUUUCUUUUAAGUGUAAUUAGCAAAUUAAACUUUAGACUUAUUACUCGGAACUUCAAAGUAUGUACAUUUUUUUUGCAGCAAAUCAGUUAUUUUGUGGGUGUAUUUACAAUGUGAAUUUACUUAUAAAAUCAUGAAGACUUAACCUGUGUGCGGUUUUAUAAUCUUCAUAUAAUAACAGGUGCUGGUUCGGUGUACAAGAUAAUGUUAUGUGAGGAUUCUUUCUUUUGCACGUUAAUUACCAAUGUUUGACAUAUAUUUUGUGAUAGCUGAAAAGGCCAUAAGUGAUUAAACACACAGCAGUGCAGACUGAAGAGGCUGUAAGAAUGUCGACCAUUACAUGACGAAUAAACUGUUGUUACCAUAUUAUAUUAUCAGAAUUUAAACAUAUUCUGCAUUAUAUGUUUUACUAUUCCUUUGAUCUCCCCAUUAAUAAAGCGUGUUUUGAAUAAUUGCAUUUAAGCAGGUUAUCAUGACAGAUCUUGGAUUUAAAGUUUUCAUAUUAGUAUAACGAGCAAUAUAAACUUUGAAAAUAUUACUCAGAACUUCAAAGUAUUUAUACUUUUGUCGUAGCUAAUCAGUUACUUGGUUGGUGUAUUAACAAUUUUAAUUUGCUUAUUAAAUCAUGAAGACGAUUUUGUAAUCUUCAUAUAAUCAUUGGUUCUGGUUCGUUGUACAAUAUAAUGUUAUGAGAGAAUAUUAGUUUUUGCAGGUUAAAUACCAAUGUCUGACGUAUAUUUUCUGGCGGCUGCAAAGGCUUGAAGUAAUUAAGCAAACAACAGUGCAGUCUGCAGAAGCUGUAUGAAUAUGAUUUUUGAACAUAUUCCGUCUUUAUAUGUAUUAACAUUUCAUUAAUCUCCCCACUAGUAAAGCGUGUGUUAUAUAAAUACAUUGAAGCAGUUUCCUUUUAGUAUAACGAGCAUUUGAAACUUUAGACAUAUUAUACUCAGAACUUCAAAGUAUGUUUACUUUUUGUAGAAAAGCUGUAAUGUUGAUUAAAAAUUAGAAUUGUUUAAGUCAUGAAGAAUUAAUUACCAAUGUAUGACAUAUAUUUUGUGGUGGCUGAAAAGGUCUGAAGCAAUUAAACAAACAGCGAUGCAGAAGCUGAAA